GUCUGGCUACUAGGACCUGCACACAGCAGGCGAGAGCUGACAUUUAGAAGUUUCCUAAAAGGAACAAAGAAAAAAGUUAAUCUGGACAAUGAGGCACCUAAAAAAUGAUCCAGUGAAGCUGCUGCCUAGCUCCUUGGCCGAUCUGCAACCGAAGCGGCGUCUCACCAUUUAUAUAAGACGUGUCUUGGGAUUGGGCCUCCUGCCUGUUCCCAUUUCCGUUGUCUACGUCCUCGUUAUGGCGAUUCUGACCGACUUCGAGGCCAGUACCUACACCUCCUGCCAAGUCCUCAACGUACUUCCCAGCUCCUCCGCCGCGGCCAGGUCCCAGCAUGAGGUUUGGACCAUGGCUUGCUGGACGCAGUUUCCUAUCUUGCUGGCGUCGGCCUGUCUGCAGUUCCGAUUAUACAGUAGGGCUCUUCCCCGGCAUGCCCGGAGCUUCGGCUGCCUGGUCACCUUCAGCCUCAUCCAGGGCAGCUGCAGCCUGGUCCUGUGGGGCAGCUUCGCCACAGUCGAUGGGGACUCUUUCCUCCACGUCGUCACCGCAAUCUCCAUGUUCACCUCUGCAGCCAUCUACAUGGCCGGUAGCUUCGUGUGCGCCAAGUACUAUCUGCGGUGCGAGAGUAGGCGGGAGAAGUUUUCGCUUUGGUUGAAGAGUCGCCUGGUUUUUGUGUAUUUCUUGGCAGCGACCACCAUGUGGAUUUGGUAUGUCCUCCACCACCAGUUCUGCCUGCCCCUGGCCUACUCACUCUUUGCUCUGGGAGAGUUCGUUUCAUUUGAAUGCCUGUGUCUGAACUUCUGGACUGCCUACUGGGACUACUACCACGUCGUCAUCCUAUACGACAAGCGUCAGGGCUUCUACAUCAGUGACCUAUAGGCCUCUAUCGUUUGUAUCACAUUUAUUUGAAAAAUACCAAAUGAAAAAACAAGAACUUAAAACAAUUUUA